CGUGCGGCGGGGUGUGGUGUGUGGUAUGUGGUGUGCGUGUGGGUGGUGCACUCAAGAGGUGGAGGGGCUGGUGUGUGAUGAAGAAAGUGUGUCGUGGAAGCGUGUGGUGGUGGUGGUGGUGUCUGUGAGUGUGUUGGUAUCCCAUACUGCUACUUCUGCCGUGCCUGACCUCGGCGUGAACUAAAAACGCUUUAAAACAUAAAACAAGACAAAGAUAUUAAUAAGAAACGAAAGAAAACAGAAGUGAAUAAGAUAUUACAGUAAAAUUUUAGACAAAUAGAAGAAGAAAAAAAGGAAGAAGAAAAAUGAAGCAGUUUAACAUUAUCUUGUAGCAAAAAGGAGGAACAGAAAGGAGAAAGUAAGAAUAACAAAGAAACUAAAACAGGAAUAUUAAAUGACGAACGAGAAUUGGUAAAGGAAAAGUUACAGUGAAAGUGAUAAGAUUGAGAGAUAAAGAUAGAGAAAAAGUGAGAGAGAAAGAAAGAAAGAAAGACUGACGCAGAAAGAGAGAGAAGGAGAAAGAAAGAAAGGUGCUGUUAUCAAUCAAAUAACAGCAACAGCAUUACAAACCAUGAGCCACUGCAAUGAAAGAAAGGAGAGAGAGAAAAUGGAAGAAAACUAUGAAUGAUUAAUAAAAAUGUAAGAAAGAAGAGAAAAGGGAAAAGGAAAGAGAGAGAUAACCUGUGAUAUUUGUAGAGAGAGAGACGAAAGAGAGACCGGAAGAAAGAAAAAGGAGUAAAAAGAAAGAGAAAAAAGGAAGAAGUGAUUAAAGAAAGAAAGGAAGGACGAAAAGGAAUAAGUGGAAAUUUAACAGUGAUAUUUAGCAUCGUGACAGCGAGUGAGAGUGAGGGAAAGAGAUAAAGAGUGAUAAAAAGAGGAGGAGGAGGAGGACUUACACACAGACAGACGGACAAGAGAACGAGCAUCCCUGGCAUCAAAAUAACCUACACACUGCAAACAUGAGGUGAUCAAGAUGCCCGCCUUGCCGGGAGCCUCGUCUCCAAUCGUAGGAUGAACGAGGACGUAUCUUUCCGCCUUACCUUCUUAUGAAAGCCGCCAUCCUUAAGCCUGGUUGCUUAAGGCUAUAGAUAUGACCGCGAUGAUGGUGGGAGGGAAUGCGUUUGGUGGGGUUGGGGGGAGUAUUGGCCGGGGGGGCUCUCUCUCCUCCCCCACCGCCUCUGCAUCCCACCGUCUCCCCUCCCCGCGCUCCCCGCCCUCCCCUGUCUCCAGCGAGUCUCCAACCUCCCCCACAAGUCCAGGGAGGGCCAAGGCAUGUGGUGUGUGUGGGGACAUUGCCAAGUCCAUGCACUUUGGUGGACUCUCCUGUGACUCCUGUAAGGCCUUCUUCCGGCGCUCAGUUCAAAACAAUGCCCACAGAGGGUUCACUUGCCCCUACGAAAAGAAAUGUGUCAUUGCCGUCUCCUCCAGGAAGUCUUGCCAGUACUGUAGGUUCCAGAAAUGCUUAUCCAUCGGCAUGGAGAAGGGGUGGGUGAUGACGGAGGAUGAGCGGCGCAAGAUGAUGCAACAGCGGCAGGAAAAGAAACACAAGGAGGAGGAGAAGAAAAAGAUGACCCUGAUCAGCUCGGAGGAGAAGUAUGCACUGACAGAAGAAGAGAGCACAGAGAUUGAGAUAAUCUUGUCCCUGUACAAGAAAGCUUACCAGGAUGUGCCCUACCAGGAGGAGAACCCUUGUGAAGGCCCAAAAGCAGUCAUGUCCCCUUGGAUGACCUUCUGUAAGAGGAUAGGAUACUUCUUCUCACUGUUCCGGGAGUUUGCAGACCUGCCGAGCAGUGACCAGGCACUGCUGCUCAAGUCUGCCAUCCCCUCGGCCUGCAUCAUCAUGGGGUCUGUGGUGUACGACACCAGCUCAGGCCGCUGGGGCAACAACCUGAACCGCUGCGGCUACGUGCCCACUGUGUCUCUCACCAGUGCACAGAGCCUGGUGCCUGCUGAGCUCAUGUCCCGGGUGGAAAACUUCUUUAAGAAGUUCAAGGAGGUGUGUCCAGAUGAAAAGAUGGCCAUGAUCCUAAUCCUGGUGGCCCUGUAUUCCCCUGAGCUGAUGGGGCUGCAAGCGAAGGACAACAUCCAGGCACUGCAGGACCGCUACACACGAGUGUUACGCAAGUAUGUCGGGUGGAAAUACAAGGAGCACUCCACUCUCAUGUUCCCCAAGGUGAUCGUGUCCCUGGCAGACAUCAGGGAGCUGGCGGAGCGCACCUGUCAGAUGCGCAUCAAGCAGAGCAUGACCUCCAACAUCACCGCUAUGUCUGGUAUCGUCGUCCGGCCCGGCUCUUCCUCCGCCACUGCCACUACCAGCACUGAUGUGGAGUCCCCCAUGGAGACCAACGAGGGUGAGGAGGACGAGGACGUGGAGGGGGCGACACCCAUGUCCGAAGGGGGACUGGGGCCGGGGUGUGUGGGUGUGAGUGGCAUGGUGCAGGUGAAGCAGGAAUGUGACAUGCAGAGUGACAGUGCCCUGCAGACAGAGGCGGCACACAAGCGGGCACGUCUGGAGGCCACAGGGGGCGUGAAGGAUCACACCUACCAGAAGAUCGUGCAGAAGAUCAUGGACCAGAUGCACGGCUCCUCCAUCCACAUGCGCGCCCCGUCCCUGCUGCCCUUCAUCAUCCAGAUUGUGAAGAAGGUGGGCUCUGGCACUGGGGCCAGCACCUCCUCCCAGGCCAGCAGCAGCCACAAGCCAAGCCGGGGGCACCACUCCAAGCACCACCACCGCACCUCCUCCAAACGCCGUGUGGUGGAGGUGAAGCAGGAGCAUCUGGAGGAGGAUCUGGACACUCAGGAUAUCUCCCCGCUCUCCAGCAACACCGUGUCCCCAGCCAUGCAUCCUAGUCCACCUCCCCCCUUACACUUCCCUCCCCAGAUGCAGGUAGACCCCCAGCCCCACCACCAUCACCACCAUCAUCACCAACACCAGCAGCAACAACAGCAACAACAACAGCAACAACAACAACAACAAACAGCAACAGCAACAACAACAGCAACAGCAGCAGCAGCAGCAGCAGCAUCAGCAUCAACAGCAGCAGCAUCACCAUCACCUACCUCGCAGUCCCUCACUGCCACCAUCACAUCACUUCACCAACUCACCCUCACAUGCCUCCAUCUAUCCCGCCUCCCCGAUGGAGUCCACAGAUUCCUGUGACCUCCUGCCCACCUCACCUCCCCAUGACCCCAUCAUGCCCUCCCCAAUGCACCCCACAUCCCCAGAAAUGAUGCUGCCACUAUCAGGCAGCCACAUGAUCCCUGUGGCGCCCUAUACGCCACCCUCGGCCACCCCGUCGCCCAGUAUCCCACACAAGCAACCCACAGUGCUGCCUACAACAGACAUGCCCCUCCCCUCCCCCGUGGCUGCCCCCUCCCCCUACUCAGACUCGUCCAACUCGUCCCCGGAGAGUUCCCAGUCUCCAAUGUACGACCUGUUCUCUGAGGACCUCUCCAAUGUGGAGAUUGAUGUGCUAACGCAGCUGCUUGAUUACGUGUCCAACUUUGACAACUUGGACAAUGUGAGUUCCCUGAAGGAGAUCCUGCCACCACACCUGCUGAGUGAGCUGCAGACCAAACUGUGCUCCUACUCCUUGAAACAAGAGUGACCCUCACUGGUGGGGCGAGUGUCUUGAGGUGAUGAAAACAGAAUUACAGGUGUUCCAAGCCAUCCAUACACUUUAGCAGUGUGUUAGGUAUUACGUGCGGUGCCGGAGUGUCCCGUGGCGCCAACGCCGCGCUCUGGCCCUAGGGGUGGGGCACCACACCCCAUAUUGGGGCUGUGGCACAUCCUAGACUGACCCCAGUGACAAAAUAAUCAAGCCUGUAAGUUCUCUUCUGAAAAAAACAAAAAAAACAAACAUGAAUGACCAACUUUGUAUUGGAAAAUAGUCUUCUUUGAAAGUAAUCUUGAAGCCUCAACCUGUACAAGCUUUGUUGCCACUCACCCAUCCAUAAUGAAUCAAUAUUUUGUGAUAAAAACAGACACCAGCACGCCAGGUGACCAACACGAGUCAAUAAUCAAAAGUAUCCUUGGGGAGCGUCCUGCAUGCUGCCACAUCCCGGCGUGGGAUGGUACUGCAGCAGCGGGAACUUUGCAGCUCAUAGACAUGGCAGAUGGAGCCUGAAUGCAGUUCUGUAGUACCACUUACAUUUUCCAGUCCAAUUACAGUGGUUAGGAUUGUUGGGAGGGGGAGGAAGGAGGCAGCACAAGUAGUAAUGGUGGUGAGGAGAGCACUGCCAUGCACUGGUGUGGCUGCCUUGUGUGUGUACAUGUGUGUGCUGCGCCCAGCACAGAACUGACCAACCUUGCACUGAACCUUGACCACACCUACGUCAUCCCUCGCUGAGCCACUGACUCAGUAACCAACGGACUGUUCUCCCAUCAUGUGCUGCCGUUGCGUCACAAAGAGGUGUGUUCACCUUUAGCUUCCAGGGAGUUUUAAGCCUUAUUAUCAUGUAUUUCAGAAGUGUUUGUUGAGAAUAUAGGCAUAUAUAUAUUAGCAAAGUUUUAAACAUAAGUAUCUAUUUUCAAUUGGACAAUAGGUAGACUCCUGUUGCAUCAUUAGAGUGACGGGGUGUGGCUGGAAGGGGAGGCAGAAGGAGUGUGGCAUGUGUUGCAAUUUUCAAUUCUAUGAUCAUAAGUGAGUCACCCUUUUGUAACAACAGUAAGUGAACAGUGAGGGAGAGAAACAGAAAUUACUCCACUUUUAUUGGUUUGCAUUCUCUCCAGAUAGAGGAAAUGGCAAGGAAGCAAAGGAAGAGAGGUGGAUGGAGGAAAGAAAGGAAGACCAGUAGAGAACACCAGUGCAGCCUCUAAUCUGAUCCUCUGAGUCAUCACCGGACAUGACUGUUCGAGCCAUUAAAAAAAUCACUCAGUUGACCGUCGUUCCAAUCAUAGCUCUGUUCCUUUCUUCCUCAUGACCUCAUCCGUCGGACACACUUGCCUCGCCAUGCCCUGCUCCCCUCUUGUGUCCCCGGCGCCCCACCACACCUCCUGGGGCAGACUGGGGGAUUGGUGUGUGUUCCUAAGUGUCACAAGGUCCUGGAGGUUGUCUAGAGCUUAUUAAAGAGUAGCAGUGUGAUGAAGGAAGGAGUAUGUUAAAGUUAGGUGAUGGAGUCCUGUUGUUUUGUGUUUGCAUUUGCUGUUUAUGCAACCCAACCCUACCUAACCUAAUUCUCUCCAGAUAAUGUACAGUUGCCUUGAGUAGUGGUGUCACAUUGUAUGAAUUGUGAAUUGUAUCAGGGGCAAAAAUAUUGGUUUCAGGAUAUCUGCUUGCACCUGUCAUCGCCAGUUCUUGUUCUCUGUGGAGCUCUUCAUUUAGACUGGUUCUUUAAUCCAUUUAUUGACAUCUGGAGCUCUUGAUGUAAAGCAGUUCAUUGGUCCUUGCUAGUUUUCAUUGACUUGUACACAUGAAAUUUGCCAGACCACGACAUCGCUGCUUGGGAAAACUGCACACCCAGACCUCUGUACUUCUUUUAACUUCCUGAAUGUGUCUGUUGCAUGUAUACGAAUGACAAAUAUGUACGCACCUCUGGAAAAUGUGUGUAAGAGAAAGAACAAGAGACCAACAGAGAGAGAGAGAGAGAGAGGGAACAGAUAUAAGAUUAACAUAGCAUAACUUGAAGGUUUGACCAUCUGUGAAUGAGAUGUACAAGUAAGAGGAAAAACACAGCACUCAUCUCCGGCAUUUAGUCAGUGAUGUAUAAAAUGCUGCAUCUCCUUUAUUACUGCCGUGAGACGAGAGCAAUGCUAUUCUGAGUAUCUUUGUGUGGUGGGUAAUGUGUGAGUAUUAAGCUACCAAAUGAGAUGCCAAUAAUGACGAUAGCAUUCCCAGCAUUCACAGAGCCUAUGGCAGUGCAUCAGAUGGCUGUUAUGCUCUCAAAACUUGUAUGUAGAGGGUGGAAUUCUCAUUUGUAGCUCCCCGAGUGUCGUUACGUUGGUGUGUUGGUGUGUGAAGAUUCGUGUAGCACAGCUUGUGUUGAAGCUUUGAAGUGUGUGUGUGUGUGAGUGUGAGUGUGAGUGUGAGUGAGUGAACACCACUGCCACAGGCUGUUGUCAAUUUAUAUGUUACUAAGUUCUUGGAAAUUUAUUUGAAUGAGUUCAAAACUGAUUGUAUAGAGUUAUUGGUAUUUGUAGAAGUUAUUAUUAUGACUAAUGAUGAGACAGAUUAUGAAAAAAAUUUAUUAGAAUUUCUGUAUGUAAGAAUUUUAAUAUUUUGACUUCUAAGGUCACUAAAUUUAUUUGGUUAUGAUGUCAACAUCAGAUGUAGAAUGUGAAUUGAUGGUGAUGGUGAUGUAGCAGUGUGAUGAGGUGGUGAGGCUGUUACUCAACCACACCUGUGAGCGUUGUGUUUGUUGUUCGCCUGCCACGAAGCAGUGAGUGGCCGUCACCACCUUCCAGUGUGUGGGUAUGAAGUGUCUGUCUGCCUGUCAGGGGUGAAGUGUUGGGUGUAUCGGUGGUGUGUGUGUGUGUUGCGGCUGCCUCAGUCAUGGUGUGCUGCUCCAAGUGCAGCGGCAGCAGCAGGAAGUCACACAAGCAAGCCUGUCCUUGGUGUCACCUGUAGGAGGGCUGUCAGAUUCUCGGUGCAGGAACUUAAUGCUUUGUGAUAUUGACAACAUUCACAAGAGAUUUACUAAUUCAGGAACCCCAAGGGUUGGUAAAAUAAUGUAGUUUACAGUAUACUCCCAUGUAAUUAUAUACUCAUGUAUGUAUAUCAAUAUUUAUUUGAUCCUUGUAGUGAAAUGUGUGUUUGAUUCGUGAAGCACUGUGAGUGCUUCAAGAUAAAUCUGGAAUUGUGUUUUUAGUGUUGAAGUGUUAUCAUGGAACACACAUGUCACUGCAGGAGUAAAAUGUGCACUUCAGGGAUGAGUGGCAGGGUGGAGGUGAGGGUCGGCCACCCGGCCGCCACCCCAUCCUGUUGCUGGCAUUUAUACAGUUUACUUAAAACUUGAUUCAGCUGAAAAAGCAUUCACAGCAUAAUGAAUUCUGUACUUUGAAACUUGUGAAUACCACCUGGUGGUUUGCUGUGUGUACGGAGCAUUACUUUGUUAUUGUAAAGGCAUGGCUCUACACAGAGAUGGGAGUCAGGAAGCAACUGACGCUAAAUGAUGAGCUGCAUUGCACCGUUCUGUAUUGUGAGGUAGACAAGAACACUUUGAAGCAAGUUUGGUGUGUAGGAGCAUUGGCAGAGUGUAGGGUAGUCAGGCAUCCUUGUCAGAUGUUGUAGUCAUCUGGAGUAACAAUGUUCACCUUAAUGUAAGUAUUGUAUGCUUUGGGACUCCGAGAUGAUGUUCUUAUGAGCAGCACUUGUUUGUGGCAUCUAGGAGUGGUGUGUGGGUGUGUGAGGGAGAGCAGCACCCACUCAAUCAUAAAACACAGGCUUUACUCAUUGAUUAUUUCAAGAACUCUGCUUGGCUUGUAUCAAAACACUGUAGUUCUGGUUAUUCAGAUGUCACUACCAAGCCAUUCCUGUUGUUGUCACAUCAGCUGUUCUGUAGCAAUGAUAUUCUUGCCAUUGUAGUAAGAAUCGUAUGAUGUGUGUGUGUGUGAAGGAUUUUCCAGGAUUGUGCUGAGUUGUGGUGGCUGGCUUGUCUGAAGGCUCUGAAGUGGAAGUGGAGCAUUCCUUACCUCUUGUGAUGGAUGUUGUGGUUAGGACGGACACACACACACACACACACACACACACACACACACACACACACACACACACACACACACACACACACACACACACACACACACACACACAC